AUGAUACCCGCGAUAGCCAAUGAGAGUAGUUCGCAGGAGGUUGUGAUCAUAUAUAUUUUCAGAAGUCUGCCCUUCAUCUGUCUGCUGGUGGUGUUCUUUUACCUAAACAGGGACAAAAAACAAGUCACAGCAUCAAGACCAGCAGUUGAGCAUGCUGUAGAAUCAGAAAGACCGGAUGAAGACCUGGAGGCCGGAGAGACACAGAGGAGUGAAACUGAAGAGGCGAAAAAGGGUGACAAUGUUUCUGAACAGGAGAAAAAGAGGGUCAAUAAUGAGAAACCUGAAGUUACUGCUGCAACAGAAGAAGAAGAAGAUGAAGAAAAACAGAUCGAUGUAGUUGUAGACACUGAACAAGGUACAUCUCCAAUGCAUGACAAUGAAAAAAACAAGACUGAAUCUGUUCUGAACACUGACGAAAAGACACAUCUAAUGACUGAUGCUGAAGAAGUGACUGUUUCUGUGCUGGGCGGCUUUGGUUCAGCUCUGUGA